UCCUUUGCGGCAGGAUCCAUCUCUGAGCUCCGGCAUUAGGGCAGGGAGCGGGGCCCACUCUGCUGGACUGACACCGAGGCCGCCGAACCUCUUCCCUGCAGCACGGUGCAGCCGGCUUCCCACGCUCAGCCACAGCAGUUCCCGAAUUCCUCUAAAAACUAGUAAAUAUUGCUGGUGGUGUGCAUUCUGGAGAUUUUACUACAGAUACUACCAAAGUUUUGUGAAUGGGAUGAACACACUGCUCCUGACUGCUUAGUGCCAGUAAUCAGCUGGGCACUUCACUAGUGAUGUUUUCAUCCUCACAUUGUCCAACUGGAGUUUGCUUAUACUGAUUUUUAAAAGGAAGAAGAAAUCAAGGUGGAGUACCGUAAACUUGGCAUGGACAAUAAAAAGAAAGACAAGGACAAGCCAGAUGAAAGAAUGGCAUGGCCUAGUGGGAGGUCAGGCCACAAUCCACGUGGAACUGGUUCUUCGAAUUCUGGAGUGUUAAUGGUUGGCCCAAACUUCAGAGUUGGUAAAAAAAUUGGAUGUGGUAAUUUUGGAGAACUACGGUUAGGAAAAAAUCUAUACACGAAUGAAUAUGUGGCAAUUAAAAUGGAGCCAAUGAAGUCGAGAGCACCACAGCUACAUUUGGAAUACAGAUUCUACAAGCAGCUAGGAUCUGGAGAUGGAAUACCUCAGAUUUACUAUUUUGGCCCAUGUGGCAAAUAUAAUGCUAUGGUGCUAGAACUACUUGGACCUAGUCUGGAAGAUUUAUUUGACUUGUGUGGUAGAACAUUUUCUCUUAAAACCGUCCUUAUGAUAGCCAUACAGUUGAUUUCUCGUAUGGAAUAUGUCCAUUCAAAGAACUUGAUAUACAGAGAUGUAAAACCUGAGAACUUCUUAAUAGGACGACCUGGAAACAAAACACAGCAAAUCAUUCAUAUUAUAGAUUUUGGUUUGGCAAAGGAGUAUAUAGAUCCAGAAACAAAGAAGCACAUACCAUAUCGGGAACACAAGAGCCUUACAGGAACAGCUAGAUACAUGAGUAUAAAUACACAUCUAGGAAAAGAGCAAAGUAGAAGAGAUGAUUUGGAAGCUUUAGGUCAUAUGUUUAUGUAUUUCCUCAGAGGAAGCCUUCCAUGGCAAGGUUUAAAGGCUGAUACAUUAAAAGAACGCUACCAGAAAAUUGGGGACACAAAACGAGCAACCCCUAUAGAAGUAUUGUGUGAAAGCUUUCCAGAGGAAAUGGCUACAUACCUCCGUUAUGUGAGAAGGCUAGAUUUUUUUGAAAAGCCAGACUAUGACUACUUAAGGAAGCUCUUCACAGACUUACUUGAUCGGAAAGGCUAUGUGUUUGAUUAUGAAUAUGACUGGAUUGGCAAACAGUUGCCUACUCCAGUGGGUUCAAUACAUUCAGACCCUGCACUGUCUUCAAACAGAGAAGCAUAUCACCGCAGAGAUAAAAUACAACAAUCUAAAAAUCAGUCAACAGACCAUAGGGCAGCCUGGGACUCGCAGCAAGCCAAUCCACAUAAUUUGAGGGCUCAUCUAGGAGCUGACAGACAUGGUGGCUCAGUACAGGUAGUAAGCUCAACAAAUGGAGAACUGAACGCAGAUGACCCAACUGCAGGCCGUUCAAAUGCACCCAUUACAGCUCCUGCAGAAGUAGAAGUACUGGAUGAAACUAAGCUAAGCCCUCAGUAA